AUGGUACAUUGUCCAGUCGCAAGCUCUGCCGGAACUCCUCCUCUGCCAAGCUGGGUAGAGAUGAAGAGCGACAAAUCCAUGUCGGCUUUCAUUGACUGGGAGGCAUUGCGAAAGAUUGCCGUUGCAGAGAAGCAAAGAGCGUCCACAAACAAGAAUGUUGAUAUCGCUUGCAAACUUUCCGCAGCUUGCAGCGAAGGAGGAUUGCAUAUUGUCCGAAGACUUGAAUUCAGCGAUGGAGACAUAUGGAUCGCACGAGUACAGAAGACGCCACCCUCUGCAGACUCUUGUAAGAGGUUGCUACACGAAGUCUACACGAUUAGAGCCAUCCAACAGCAGUCCAAUGUUCCUGUUCCUAAGAUACUUGCAUAUCGUACGGCAGAGGACAAUCCAGUUAGAGCUGCGUUUACUAUACAGCAAUAUGUUCAUGCAGACACUGGUAUGAAUGUGCUUGGCGAGGGCUUUUCAAAGAAAGCUCAGAUAACGGCUGGAUGGGAAGAGAGAUACUACAAAACAAUGGCAAGAAUACAGGCAGACAUGUCUUCGGUGCGUUUCUCUAUGAUAGGAUGCAUCACCGAGACAAGUAACGGCUAUUCGGUGGGGCCAAUACCUGGAAUUGGCGGGCCCUUUGAGACGCCAGCGGACUUCUUCGCGCAGUGGGCUACGGGUGCGGUUUUUCCGUUCUCAAAGGAUAAGGUCAAACGACGAACGCCUCCUGAACACUUCGAAGAAGUGUGGAACUCUCUCGCGGGGUUUCCUUUGCAGGUUGCCAAAUUCGCUAAAUCUUACAACUUCCGGAGAGGUCCUUUCCCUGUCAUCCACGGUGAUCUCUAUCGCAGCAAUAUCCUAAUGGAUAAUGACUGUAACGUUAAGGCGAUAAUCGAUUGGGAAGACGCGAUUGUAGCUCCUUGGGAGCUGGUGGAGUUCAUUAAGGAUCUCGGGGUUGUUCCAGCAGCGAUGAACGGAUCUUCACAUCAAGAGCCACCCUCGGUCCGUGAGAGACGCAACAAACGAGAAACAUAUAUCAAAUAUGUAGAAGAGAUUGAGAAGAAGCAAUUGCUUGAUGGCACGUUGUCCAUGGUGCUCAGUAACUCUGCAGUGCAGGAUUUCGCUCACGCCUUCUGGCUUUGGCAUGAUGGUAAAGUCGGUUUUUAUAAAGAGAUUGGAUUAAUUCAAUGA